AUGCUGGCAGCGGUGCACCAAAGCUUGAACCACAGUGAAGCCCUGUCUGUUCUUGCUGGACAUCUGGGAAGUGAGGAUCUGCAACUGCAGGAGGAACUGGCAAACUGCGGAGUUCUCUCCAUUCGGCUGAGUCGCAAAGCCGAAGUUUGGUUGGACGUGGACUUCAGGCUUCGGCCUGCAAAGUCAAAGUACACGCUGAAGGUUCUGGUCGUGCAAGAGCCGCCGGACUUGAAGAACUUGCAGCUGGAGGGAUUCGACUUAGUUCUGACCUGGCACCAAGACCAUCUCGAUCUCCAGCAGUCGCGCUUCUUCGUGCCUGCAACUCCCUGGCUGGUACAAGUAGAGUGGCCUCGGUUUGCGAGCAAAAAGCCUGGCCUGGGAUUUCUGCGAGGUAGCAAGAACCAAACAGCUGGACACCAACUGCGCCAUCGGAUUUGGGAGGCUCGGCAGCAACUCCAAGACAUAUCCAAGGUGCCACUCGAGUUUCUGGCGGGUGGAGGAAUCAGUCGAGACGAGCGCAACAUCCAGUUCUUCAACCAAUUUGUGCUGGUGAUCGAGAACUCGAGGCAUCAGAAUUACUUCUCUGAAAAGCUCCUCGACACUCUGCUCACGCAGUCCAUCCCCAUCUACUGGGGGUGCCCAAACAUCGGCGACUUCUUCGAUGCAGCCGCUUGGACUUGGUGCUCAGGGUGGCUCGAUGACAGUGCUGAGCAACGGCAGUAUCACGCCUCUACAAGAACAGAGAGACCAUGUUACACCCUCAAAUCUCAAGUCCUAUCGGGUGUGAAUGUGCGCACGAAAAAGCCCGGAAAGGUUGAUGAUCGGCUUAGAGUUUCAGGGUUUCGGGGUUUGGGGUUUACGGUCUUAAUUGGAAGGUUUAGGGUUUCAGGGUUUUAG